GCAAAACUCGGCUUAAAACACCCAUUGGCGUGCUCUGGUUUUCCAGGUCAACACCAUUGAUUUUAAAUCAUCCCCCUCUCCUCCUGAUCCAGUCUGUCCGUUGGGUUAAUGCCCGUUCAUUUCACAUCAUGAGCGCUACUUCCGCCGCAAUGCCCAAGGCCGCGGCUAUUCCCGCCCGUUUACUCCGAAGUACAUCACGACAAUAUUCGAAGAGCCCGGCAACCAGCGUUCGGGCUUACCAUGUCUCACCGACUUCAUCAACUGACAAGCGGGUUCGAUGCGGUGCAACUAAUAAAAAGCAAUCUGUGUUCUCCUCGUCAAGGAUCUUCCAUACUACUGCCUCCCUUGCCGCGAUUCCCGACCCAUAUAAAGUAUUAGGAGUCGAGAAAAAUGCAUCCGCAGGCGAUAUUAAGAAGGCCUACUAUGGAAUGGCCAAAAAAUACCACCCGGACACCAACAAGGAAGCAAAUGCUAAGGAAAAGUUCGCGGAGGCCCAGUCAGCUUAUGAGUUACUUUCCGAUCCCAAGAAGCGUGAGAACUACGACCGGUUUGGCUCCGCAGCGUUCGACCAAAACGGUGGCUUCGAUCCCAGCGCAGCCGGCGGUAAUCCGUUUGCAGGUGCCGGUGGAUUCCAUGGAUUUGGCGGUGGCUUUGGAGGUGGUUUUCCUGGUGGUUUUGGGGGAGCAGAUAUCAAUUUUGAGGAUCUCUUCGGUGCUUUCGCAGGCGGCGCACGUCGUGCCGGUCGAGGCCGACGGGGGCCGUUCCAAGAGAUUUUGGUAGGUGAAGACAUUGAAGUCCAAACCAACAUCUCUUUUAUGGAAGCCGCAAAGGGUACGACAAAAGAUAUUGUUAUCACGCCUUUGACAUCAUGCGGUACAUGUAGCGGUGAUGGACUUAAGAAAGGCGCCAAACGCACCCAGUGCCGUCAAUGCAACGGCUCUGGAACUCGUGUGCACUUUUUGCAGGGAGGCUUCCAGGUGGCAGCCACUUGUGAUGCCUGUGGAGGUGCAGGCAUGUCUGUCCCAAGGGGCUCGGAGUGUGGCUCCUGCAAUGGCAACGGUGUGGUCAGAGGCAAAAAGACUGUACAGGUUGACAUUCCAGGUGGUGUAGAGGAUGGCAUGCGCUUGCGAGUGAGCAACGAAGGAGAUGCACCUCCCACCGGAACAUCUGCCGCACCCGGAGCGCGCACACAACGAGGCGACCUGUACGUGUCCAUUCGGGUCUCUCCUGACCAUCGAUUCAGCCGUUCCGGUUCCGAUAUUCUCUAUACGGCUCAGAUUCCCCUUACGACUGCUCUUUUGGGUGGUGAAGUAACCGUGCCGACCCUGGAUGGUGAAGUUAAGAUUAAAGUUGGCACGGGCACUGGUACCGGCGACAAGAUCACACUGUCUGGAAUGGGUAUGAAGCGGCUUGGUAGCCGUACGAGUCGCUUCAGCCCUACUGGUGAUCUCAAGGUCGAGUUCAAGGUUGCCAUGCCAAAGUACCUGACAGGUAACCAGCGGACUAUCCUGGAAGUUCUUGCCGAUGAGAUGGGUGACAAGACCGCCAAGCGAGUCAUGGAUGUUGGAAAGGAUAGCCCACCAUCCGGAGGGGACGCUUCCACGGGAGACUCCAAAAAUGAAGGAUUUCUCAAAUCCGCUUGGCACAAGCUCGUGAACAAGUGUGAGAACUCACCCGAAGAAUCGAGCAAGAAGGAAUCAGGCGACAGCAGCAAGAACAACGGCGAGAAGAAGUCGAACUGAAAGGAGUUCAAGUGACAUACAUAAUCAAGGCUUCAAUAUACUUCCUUCAGGGUCAUGUUAUCACUACGUAUUUGAAUUUUUUUGUCGCAAUAUCAUAGCGCUGGCGAGAUAAGGGGUUUACCAUUUACGAGAGUUGGGAAAUUUUGUGUCUGCGUUCAUUUCGAUCGUUUGGGAGAAACGGUUGUGUGUCAAUAGAGAGACGGGGGCUGUAUGUAUGUAUGUAUGUAUGUUUGUAUGUAUAAUUAGACCUUACGCACGAAA